AUGAUCGCCAGUCUUGGGAUUGUAUCCGACGACCAAGAAGCAUCAUACUCUCUAGAAAAACCAAGCAAACAGUCCCUGCAGGAAUCCCGGAAGAAAUCUGAGAAACUACUCUCGGGUCUCAUCGCAAUGUUCUUGUGCUCUUUCUGUGUCACUCUUGAGCAGACACUAGCAAAAUCUUCGUUUAAUCCUGCCGGCUUGUGGUGGUGGGAUCUUUGUGUUCCGGUACUCAAGGGGAUUUUCGAGGCUUUCCUUGCUUUGGGCAUGCUCAGAUUAGCCCUUACUGCAGUUCGUAAACUGGUUGCGAACUGA